UCCCCCGCAUCCCCGCCGGGACCCCCGCACGCUCCCUUAUGCACCCCCUGUUCCCGUGCAUCCCUUCUGUGCUCCCCCAGCGUGCUCUCUGUGCACCCCUUUUCCUUCUGCAUCCCUGCUGCACUCCCCACCGCUCCUCUUUUCCUGUCCACCUCUUUCCUUUGCAUCCCUGGUGCUCUCCUCGCUGACCUUUCCCUGCACCCCCUUUCCCUUUUCCUCCCUUCCGUGCUGCCCAGCGCGCCCUCCCUGCACCCCCGUUCCCGUGCAAUCCCUGGUACACCCCACACUGAUUUCUCUGUGCACCCCGUCACCCCGUGUGCCCCGCCGGUGCCUUCUCCACGCCCGCUCCCCCCUCUGGCCCUGUCCGUGCACUCCCGGCCAUGAACGGCUCGCUGGCGGGCUCUGGGGGGGGCUGGCAGCCCGAGUCCGUCAUCAUCCCACUCGUGUACCUCGUCAUCUUUCUCGUGGGCACGGUGGGCAACAGCCUGGUCCUGGCCGUGCUGCUGCACAAUGGGCAGGUGAAGAACACCACCAACCUCUUCAUCCUCAACCUGGGAGUGGCUGACCUCUGCUUCAUCCUCUUCUGCGUCCCCUUCCAAGCCACCAUCUACACCCUGGAGGGAUGGGUGUUUGGGCCCUUCAUGUGCAAGGCUGUCCACUUCUUCAUCUACCUCACCAUGUACGCCAGCAGCUUCACCCUGGCCACCGUCUCCCUCGACAGGUAUUUGGCCAUACGAUACCCCCUGCACUCCAGGGAGCUGAGGACACCCAGGAACGCCCUCCUGGCCAUUUGUCUCAUCUGGGGGCUCUCCUUCAUCUUCUCGGGCCCUUACCUCAGCUACUACCAGGAGUUCCAGCUGGCCAACCUGACCGUCUGCCAUCCCAUCUGGGAGAUCUCCCAGCGCAAGAUCAUGGACAUCUGCACCUUCAUCUUCAGCUACAUCAUCCCCGUGCUCAUCCUGAGCCUCACUUACGUGCGGACUAUUCGCUACCUGUGGCGGUCCGUGGACCCUCUCCAAGACAUGUCUGAGUCCAAGAAGGCCAAGAGGAAGGUCACCAGGAUGAUCAUCAUUGUCGCCAUCCUGUUCUGCCUCUGCUGGCUGCCCCAUCACCUGGUCAUCCUCUGCGUGUGGUUUGGGUACUUCCCCCUCAACCACUCCACGUACGUGCUCCGCAUCCUCUCGCACGUCAUCUCCUACGCCAACUCCUGCGUGAACCCCAUCGUCUACGCCCUGGUUUCCAAACACUUCCGCAAGGGCUUCAAGAAGAUCUUCAGCUGCCUCCUGCACAAGAAGGCAGCGCACAAGGUGCAUGUGGCCCAGGCCACCAACACGGUCAGCACGCUGGAGGCAGAGCUCAGUGAGGUGACCCAGCUGAGCGAUGCCCUGCCCGGUCGCUCCGCCGCACGCUGCAGGGUCCCCGCACAGCCCUGGGGGGAGGCAGAGCUGGUGGGACAGCAGCAGAGAGCAGAUGGCUCCUCCAUCACCUUCAACAUCAGCUAGCAGAGCUUCCUCCCAUCCCACGGCUUUGCAGUCUCCUGCAGCAUUGCAAGCCUGGGGCUGGGCUAUGUUUUGGGUUGAAAUGGGUCCAGUUGAACCCCUUUCAUUCAAAUACAUCCAGAUUUCAUAACCGUGAUGCUGCUGAUACAAACUCAGCCAAUAACCAACCAAGGACAGGAUUUGCUUCCACCAAGCACUUGCUGAGAGCAGAGAGAUCAAGCCCAACAAUCCACUGCCAUGUGUGAACACCUGUUCCUCUGUCAUGGACGAACUUCCUAUCGCAUCUACACCCAGACCCUGUGAAAAGCUCUGGCCCCUCUGACCAGCAAAGCACCUGGAGUUAAUGGGUGCACUUUUAGGGACAUUUGGAAAGUCUUGGAUUGUUUGUGUCCUAGUUUAGGAGCUGCAUCCUGGGGCAGCACUGGGCACAAACCCAGCUCAGGUAGGAAAAUCCAGAGUGAAGCACAGGUCACUGAGGACCAAGGGGAGAGAGGUUGUUUGCCAGGGAAGCACAGCCAUGGACCCAUGGUAGGGGAAGGAUUUUAAUGCCUUUGGACAGCUUGGGGACAGCUCAGCAUCUCAAGCAGGUGAGGAGACAAGCAGGGCACUGCCACUGCUUCCCUGAGGCAGGACAGUCAGGGCUGUGUGAGAGCUGGGGGUGCCCAGCGAGCUGGGGAAGCCACAAUAAAG